AUGCCUAAUCCAUUUUUGUCUCGUUCUGAGCACCACCUGAAGAAAGGCUUGGUCGUUAUAUACGAGCAUAAAGAUCUCCUCGCGCCGGAAAUCCUUGCGGGAUUGCAAGUAACGCAUGAUGAGUUACUAGACCGACAGCAUUACAUUGAGAACUAUAGAAGGACCUUUAAAGGCCGCCUGUUUACCCUAUUUCGCGGCUCUUCGAAACUUGAAUACCACUGGGAGCGGUGCGCCGAUUUUGAACUUGAAGCUAGGACGGCCUCGCAAGCCGCUAAGAGAGUCGAGCAGCUUAAAGCAGAGGCUGACGAACACCGGUCGACUUCAGACGAUGGGCCUGAUACGACAUCUGUCCCGACCUCCGACCAGCAUUCGUCCGGAGUGGACCAUACAAACCUCCUACGAGGCGCUUCUGAUGGCGGACCUCCGCCAGAGCUGUUGCGAGCACCCACGGGUAUGACAGAGGUAGCAAGAUUGCCCGUUGCGUUGAGACGGGAGAAUAGCCCUGUUUCAUCAAGCUCAUCAGGAGGCGGCAUUCAAAACGUAAUGACCCUUUCGGAAUCCGGGUCCAGUGCCCGAUUGACUCUCGUUGCCGACAAUGAGACCCUUGGUAAAUCCGUGUUUCACUAUCAAGUUCAAGCCCUCCGCCAUCAGCGAUCAUGCAAUACUCUAAACGAGGUACACCAUGGGGAACGAAGAAGAUUUACUCGUACCUACCCUGAGGAGACUGUACAGAAGUUACUUGCCUCUAUACCGAAGGAAGAAGAAGAAGCUGUACAGGUUGCUCACCAAAUUAUAGAAUUGGCUCAUUCUGAAGACAUGUCGGAAGAGUCCAAACAGUUGCUGCACAAUCUUACGUUCUGGCCUGAACCGAGUAACCAGCAUGCUAAUAAAGCGGAUGCCGUUGAGCGGGUGGACGAUCCUAUUUCUGCGCUAGACAGUCCACCGCCCGAACGCGCGCAGUCGAGUGAUGUCGAAGCCAAGGAAUCGUGUGCUACUGCAAGCGAGCCCAGGUUGCUCAAGAAUAUGCGCGCCUUCCCGAUGCAGCUCAAGGAAUUCACACUCGACUAUCUACAAGAAACCAUUGAUUGGUUCGAUCAUGAAUCCGACCCAGAAGAUGAUGAGCUCAGAAUGCAGUGUGCGAGGUUGGUGAGGAGGUUUGUGCAUCGAGAACACAUGGUCCCUCCCUCGCUUCACAUCAAAAGGCCGGAGUCUGAAGAGGCAGUGGCCUAUGGCCAAGGCGGGUUCGGAGCCGUUUAUAAGGCCACGCUCGCAGGCCAGCAGGUUGCUUUGAAGGUGUUGCUUCCCAGAGGUUUAAACUCUGAGAAGGCGCUUGAGAAGCAGGCCCGGCGAUUUUACCGUGAGGCCAUUAUAUGGCGCCAUUUGCGUCACCGCAAUAUCCUGCCUUUGAUAGGGGUACACGUAUACCCUGAGGGCCGUCGAGCCAUGGUAUCGCGCUGGUGUGACAAUGGUAGUCUCCUGCCGUAUAUUCACUCCCGUGGGGAUAAGUGUGACCGUAUUUCACUGCUAUCGCAGAUAGCGGAUGCCCUCCGCUACCUACACUGUCACUAUACUCCCCCUCUAGUGCACAAGGAUAUCAAGCCGGAUAAUAUUCUCAUAAAUGACAAAGGGGAACCUUGCCUCACGGACUUCGGUAUAAGCACGUAUUAUCAUUCUUUCACUGUGCCCAGCGAACGUGGAAGUGCGGGGAGCCUUCCUUACAUGCCACCGGAAAUCCUCAAACUGAGAAAUGAGCACGGUGGCAACAUCGACGAAAGGAACCAAGAGAUUCGGACGGCGAUCUGCCCAGCAUACGACAUUUAUGCCUUUGGUUGCGUCUGCGUCGACGUGUAUACCCCAGGUGAUCUGUGGCACGAGGCGGGAAAAUGGUCCGAGACUGGUGUCAUAAAUGGGUCAAGGCCUCCCCGCCCGGAAGGCGAUAUCCCGGACAAUCUGUGGUCCAUUGUGAAGCAGUGCUGGCCACAGGACCCAAAAGAGAGGAUAAAGAGCGAGGCUCUUGCAGAAGCCCUGGCGGCAAUGGUGGAUAGACAACCAUUCCAGUGA